AAAACCUACCACCGCCACUUUUAAACCCCACACUACACUUUCUCCAAAUAUUCUCUCUCUCAUCCUCAUCCAUGGCUCCCAAAACCCCCUUUCGUAGGCGAACCCACGCCGCGCCGUGCUCGAACGGAGAAGGAGAAGGAGAAGGAGGAGGAGACGGUGGCGCCGACUCCGUCCGGUGCGACGAGUGCGGCUCCGGCGACUCUCCGGCCGAGCUCCUCCUCUGCGACGCCUGCGACCGCGGCCUCCACCUCUUCUGUCUCCGGCCCAUCCUCGCCCGCGUCCCCCAAGGCCCCUGGUUUUGCCCCUCUUGCUCCUCCCUUGCCAAACCCAAGCAGUUCCCUCUGAUCCAGACCAAGAUCGUCGAUUUCUUCAAGAUCAGGCGGUCCUACGGCGCCGCGGCGAAGGCCGAGUGCUGCCGGCGGAGGCGGAGGAAGGCGGGUGCUUCGGCGGCGGCGAAGACAAAGAAGAAGAGCAGAAAGUUGCUGCCUUUCACCCCCAGCGACGACCCGAAUCGGCGGCUCCAGCAGAUGGCGUCGCUCGCCACCGCGCUCACCGCCACCGCCGCCGCCUUCAGCAACGAGCUCACCUACGUCCCCGGCAUGGCCCCGCGCUCCGCCAAUUCCCCCGCUCUCGAGCACGGAGGAAUGCAGGUGCUAUCAAAGGAGGACACCGAAACCCUAAACCUCUGUAGGAGUAUGAUGGAGAGGGGGGAAUGGCCUCCGCUUUUGGUCGUCCACGAUCCGCUCGAAGGGUUUACGGUCGAAGCAGAUAGAUUCAUCAAGGACCUUACCAUCAUAACCGAGUAUGUAGGCGACGUUGAUUACUUGAAGAAUCGAGAGCACGACGAUGGCGAUAGCAUGAUGACUCUCCUGUCGGCAAAGGAUCCGUCGAAGAGCCUCGUGAUUUGUCCCGACAAGCGCAGCAACAUCGCCAGAUUCAUUAACGGCAUCAACAAUCAUACACCUGAUGGGAGAAAGAAGCAGAAUCUGAAGUGCGUGAGGUUCGACGUAAAUGUGGAAUGCCGCGUGCUACUGAUCGCGAUCAGGGAUAUCGCGAAGGGUGAGAGGUUGUAUUAUGAUUACAAUGGUUCUGAACAAGAAUACCCAACUCACCAUUUUGUUUAGAUCAUUUGCUUUUGCUAAACUAGUUUAAGUAAUGCAAAGGGAAAUAGGGAAUGCAAUUUGUAUUGGUUGAUUACUUUCUUUUUGGGGGUUGGUUAAUGGAGUGUGAAUGAUUGAUUACUCCAUCCCAAGAGGGCUUACCAUAUUGUAUUGUUGAAUGUUGAUCUAACUUGGGACAUUCAUGUUCUUAUCUAUGAAAAAGGAAAAUGUUAGAGAAAAAUGGAAACAAAAUAAUUAUCAUUCAUUGUUA